CUUGCCUGAGAAGAUGUUUGGUCAACAAAUGGUUUGAACUCAAAAGGCAGUGAUUGUAAUGGAACCUACAUUCAUCAUGACACUACUUGUGGCAAUUUAUUUGCAAGCAUUAAAUGGAAAUUCUUGUGCCUUAGCUACUCAAGAAUGUGGCGUUUUGGUAAAUAACACAUUGAAAAGUCCGGGAUAUCCAUUCAACUAUCCAGCAGAUAUGAAUUGUAAAUACUCUGUUCCCAUUCCACAUGGAAAGCUAAUGGUAAUAUCAUUCGUUGAAUUUAAAGUGGGUCGCACACCCUGCAGAUAUGACUUUGUGAAUAUUGUUAAUGAUCAGAAGUAUAACUUCGGUAAAUACUGUGGUUGGUGGAAUAGACAGACAGUUGUAGUUGAUGGAAACUACGCCUUGAUAACAUUCCGUUCAGACUCAAGGGUCGAACACAAAGGAUUCUUCUUCCGUUUCAAAACAGUUUUUGAUGAAUGUGGCGUUUUGGUAAAUAACACAUUGAAAAGUCCUGGAUAUCCAUUCAACUAUCCAGCUGAUCUGGAUUGUAAAUACUCCGUUCCUAUUCCACAUGGAAGGCUAAUAGUAAUAUCUUUCGUUGACUUUGACGUGGGUCCUCCAUCAUGCAGAAUCGACAGUGCCUACAUUCGGCUGCAAGAUGGCCGCCACUGCUCUAAAAUUAAGUCUUCAAAUGCAACAGAAAUUUUCUGUUCCUCAUUUGGGUCGAUAACCACUCUGCUACGCCUUUCUUCUUCGGAAAGCUCUGAGUUCAUUUCGCAGCUGAGAUAUUUGCUGGACACAGUAGAUCUCCGUAACAUGUCUUUUUACGAAGAAAACGAAAGCCAAGCAAACAAAGAACAACAACCACGUGCCUUACUGCGCUUGGAAAUGCCAACGACGCCAAUGAACAAGACGUCAUCAUCUGUGGUCAUGACACCCUCAAACAGUGGAAACUCGCAGAGAGCUGAAAGCAAGAAUGUUUCCCCAAAUCUAAAGAAGAUCAUCGAAAAGGAAGAUUUGCAUACACCAGAAAAGGUGCUGUUGAUGAAGCAGCGAAGCAGUCGCGUUAUCAAGGACGUGCAUUACGUGUGCGAAAGAAACAGGGAAAGUUUCGCGAUGGUGCUUCGAAACAUGUGCGGAUUUGGCAACCCAGAAGCGAAGGCCAUCGUCAACGAAAUUGUCGAAGAGGUUGCUGUGAAAAGGAGAGUGUGA